UUCCAAAGUGUCUAAGUCUUCGUCUUAUACUCUAACGUCAGUUUAUAUCUUGACUGGUUGUUCUUUCUCCUUUGCCUUCUUUCUGGAAAAUUUCUAACAGCCACGACAUUGAUACCAUUGCUUUGUGUCAAUACCCCCCCUCUCACUUAUAUUACCACCACAUACCCUCAUCGCAUCCAUUCUCAACUGUACAUUUUCCAUUAACAUCCACCGGUCCCUUUCCUAUUUCUCAUGGAAGUCUACACAACAUCUUUCACCUAUCCACGCAGGUCGCGACACAUUCCUUCUUCCUCUUCUUCGUUAGACUUUGCUGGUCCCCAGAACACUAGCGACACUCCUUUUCCUAGCCACAAGUCAUUCAGCAACAAUCAGCUCGCCGAGGAUGUGUCCAGUCCAGAAUCCGCUGAGCAGAUCGCGAAACUGUCCAUGUUGGCUAUGACAUUACACGGUUGUCACGUCUCGUACUUGGAAGUCGGUGGUCGCGGGUGGAAUUUUACAGUAACAGGCGCCUACCAGCAUGUUCUCCAGACUCGGGGUAUGAUUCUCAAAGAGUGUCCUAUACAGCAUCGUGCAGCUAUCAGAGUCACACGUUCGGAAAUACUUGACUCUCCUUCUUCAAAGCCUGCUCUGAAGCCAGACGUCCGGCGUCGUUUGGAUGACAUCGCUUCCCAGACUCUCGCCCAUAUAGCUGUUGUGAAUAGUCCACAUUCGCUUUCCAAUAGGACUCCUCCGGAUGGCAUUAGUAGCAGCGCUGGGUGGUCGGGUUUGGAAACAGAGCGUAUCUGUGAGCUCGUUAUCACUGGAGCUGGGGAUGCUGUAGACAUGGCCAGAGUUCGGCUGCUGGUCAUGCUGGAUGAGCUGAGCGGUUUGCACUCAGAGAUGUGCGAAAUCGAUAAGAAAUUACACACAAUCGUAGCUGGUCGGAAGCGUAGCGUUCUGCAGUCCAUCCAGGAAGAAACGGCCACAAAUAUCUACCUUCCUUCGCCUCUGCAAGGACAUCUAGGUCCAGAGCUUUCAGUCCCUCCUAGUCUCACAGAUAAUUUGAGUAAAAGCAAUGGCACCAUUUGGAUCACUGGAGAAUUCUUCGGUGUUCAGCGAGCUCGAGAUAUGCUUUAUCAGAUGUCUGCAACCAAGGCCAAGUCCAUUAUUUCUCGAGAUACUGCUAUCCUGCCGCGAAAGUUGGAUUGGAUGGUUACUGAUAGAACAGAGGACCUGAAGAGCAUAAUGCAUGACAAUGCCACCUUCAUUCAGUUCCCCCCUCUUGGAAGUUCAACCAGUCUGAUCUCGGUUUUCGGUGACCAUCGUGUGAACAUUCAACGUACCAUCCGUUCGAUAAUGCAGCUCGCUUGCCAAUUUUAUGUUGGUUCUUUCUGGCUCCUGCCCGUGCAAUUCAACGCUUUGCUGCCUCCUCCCACCCUCAAUCCUUCUCAAGUCACAAAUCUCAUCAAACAGAUCUCACUUACGACUGGUGCAGAAGUCGUUUUCAAGAGCAUGUGCUUUGAGCUUCACGGCCUCGAGCAUGAAGUUCGCGCGGCUGUUGGCAUGAUCAUGGAGUUGGACAUCAUCAAGGCCUUCCACCACGAGAUACGAUUCCAGAUUGAGCUCUCGAACGAACACCGGGAAUUCAUCAGUGGCAAGAAGAAUGGCAAAAUAAAUAAAAUCAUGCAAACAACAAACGUGAAGAUCAAGUUCGAAACCUUCAAUGAUCACAAUUUUCUCAUUGAUGUGUCCGGGCCCGAUAGUGUCGUUCUCCAGGGACUGUCGUUGUUGCAGGAAGAGCUGCCCGCGGAGAUCUCGUUCCAUGUUCCGGAAGCGUAUCACAAGCGCAUCAUCGGUGUUGGUGGUCGGAGCAUCCAGCGAAUCAUGAAAAAAUACGGGGUUUAUGUCAAGUUCUCGAACGCUGAGGAAUUCGCUGCUUUGGGUGGUUACAACGAUAAUGAUGAUAAUGUCAUUGCAAGGACGCCAGCCAAGAACGCGCUCAAUCUCGACAAUUUGAAGCAGUCUGUGAUGGAAUUGGUCAAUCCCAAGGAUAAAGACUUUGUCAAUGAAACGUUGUCCAUCCCUCGUCGAUAUCAUCGCACUCUGUUGGGUGAAAAGGCGAUCUUCAUUCACGAUAUCGAGACAAAGACAAACUCUCAAGUACGGUUCCCUGACAAAGAAACAGCCUCUGACGUGGUCACUAUCUUUGGCCCAGAGAGCCAAGUUCAAAUUGCGGCAGCCAUGCUUCUGGACCAUGUUCCUUUUGAGGCUGAUAUGGCAGUUCCUCGUAGCAGUGAUCUCCCGAGAGUGGUCAAUUCUGCUGAAUUCGGUAGUCUCGUUGAACGUGUCAAACGGGAACUUCAGGUAUCUAUCACCCCGAACGUCAAUAUCUCAACGAUAAACGGUACAGCUGCCUCCGAAGCUCUCGGCGAUUACUCGUUCAAAUUCCGAUGUCAGCGAAGUAACACCGACUUCCUCAUCACCGCCAGAGAGAUGUUGGAGCAGUUCCUACACAAUCACAACAUUCGUGUCUAUCCUUCACCUACCUCGCAUACGCACAAGCGAGGUGAUUCCUUUGCCGACGCUUUCCCUCAUUUCGACAGCAAGCUACUAUCUACAGCGAAAACACAUCAUGAGUCCGCUGAUUUCGGGCGACCCGUGCAUGAUCCCGACCGUCGCCUUCGUCUCGCCAGCUCUUCACCGGACGUGAAGGCGUUGUUUAAUGCUCCAGCCUAUAUAUACAAUUUCGAAGAGCAGGAUGAUAGUCAAGUUCCUUACAUGGCCAAUUCGUCCCAGGAUUAUUGGACACCAAUGCCUCCGAUCGGCACUGGUAUCCCAAGCAGCGCCAGGCACACUGAGGACGCGCUCAAGCGUGGCUCUGAUUCUCUUCUUGAAGCUAAAAUAAAGGAACAAAUUUCAAAACCUCGUUCCCUCACGAAUCGCGCCCAGUCGUUGGAUCUGACGUACUCACUUUCACGCAUCACUGAGACGUCAGGCCUUCCGCCUCCGGAAUCCCCUAGCAAUUCUGGCAACGAAACUGGAGGUAACUCAAGUCCGAUUUCUGCUACGGCACCUUCGUUCCCCAGCGUGUACGGUGGGCGACCAGCCGUGAUCGGUACUUCAGCGCAGAGGGGCUCGAGGACCAUUGAAUUCGAUAACGAAGACGCGGCUAGCGACGGUGUCACCCGCGUCAUGCACAACCUUGGUCUAUGAUGUAUCUUCAUUUGCUCAAAUCUCGUUCUUGGUCCGAAAAGCAGACAGAAUUCUUGCAAAAAUACGAGACACGCACUAUCAUAGGCCGUUCACUUCUAUCUCAUUUUCCACACAAAGACUUUUUUCACAGAAUUGCCCACCUAUCCGUUUUGUAAGAUUCAAAAGACUAGUUUUAUCCUUGUAUCAGGUUUGGAUGCGAUAUCACUGUGUUUAAAUUCUCAUUACUCUCUUUGUCUAUCAUGUACAAUUUGGUGUUCCAUUCA